AGCUUCGGCUCCUCCUUGGCUGUUAUUUCCUCUAAAGUGAUCAUUAGGAUGGAUGUGUGUGUCCUGGCCCCCGCGCUGGCUCUCGUGCCCAGGCGUCGCCCGUGCCGCACUGCGCUCGGGGUUGUCGUGGGGCUUGAACCCCGCCCUUCCCUGGGACCUGGCAUCUCCUGCUCGGCCCUUGCUCUCCCUACGGGGAGCACGGAGGGUCCUCACUGAUGAUCUCACCAUGCGGACUGUCGGCAAAAUCGGCAGACACGGGGAAAUUGUUAUCCACCAACUUUAUAGAAGAGCUCUGUUCUGACCCAUGCUUCAGAGGGCCGGUGGUAAUGGAAACUGUGACCCUCGUCUUCAGCAUCCCUUCCUGAUGCACAGCUUCCACGGGCAGGCUCUUUUCAUCUAAACAUCUCCACAGUGAGGUUUGACUUAAUGAUUCUGGCCUGAGAUCCAGAAUGGUUUGUUCUUGGGACCAGACAUGACCAAAAGUUGACCUCAUGACUACUUCAACCUCUCCAGCUGCCAUGCUUCUCCGGAGGCUUCGGCGACUUUCCUGGGGCAGCACUGCUGUCCAGCUCUUCAUUCUAACUGUGGUGACCUUUGGCUUACUGGCCCCUCUGGCGUGUCACCGGCUCCUGCACUCAUACUUCUAUCUGCGCCAUUGGCAUCUAAACCAGAUGAGCCAGGAGUUCCUGCAGCAGAGCCUGAAGGAGGGGGAGGCUGCCCUUCACUACUUCGAAGAGCUGCCCUCUGCCAAUGGUUCUGUGCCCAUCGUCUGGCAGGCCACUCCCCGGCCCUGGCUGGUGAUCACCAUAAUCACCGUGGAUAGGCAACCUGGCUUUCACUACGUCUUACAAGUUGUGUCCCAGUUCCAUCGGCUUCUGCAGCAGUGCGGUCCGCAGUGUGAGGGGCACCAGCUCUUCCUGUGCAAUGUGGAACGGAGUGUGAGCCAUUUUGAUGCUAAGCUGCUCUCUAAGUAUGUCCCUGUGGCCAACCGCUAUGAGGGCACCGAAGAUGAUUACGGUGAUGACCCUUCAACCAAUUCAUUUGAGAAAGAGAAGCAAGACUAUGUCUAUUGCCUGGAGUCGUCGCUACAGACCUACAACCCAGACUAUGUCCUGAUGGUGGAGGAUGACGCUAUUCCAGAAGAACAGAUCUUCCCUGUACUGGAGCACCUUCUGCGUGCUCGCUUCUCUGAGCCACACCUCCAGGAUGCCCUGUAUCUAAAGCUCUAUCACCCGGAGCGGCUACAGCACUACAUCAACCCGGAGCCCAUGCGAAUCCUGGAGUGGGUUGGUGUGGGCAUGCUGCUGGGGCCUGCGCUGACCUGGAUAUACAUGAAGUUUGCCUGCCGCCCAGGCUUCAGUUGGCCGGUCAUGCUGUUCUUCUCCCUGUACAGCAUGGGGCUGGUGGAACUGGUGGGCCGGCACUAUUUCCUGGAACUGCGGCGCCUGAGCCCCUCCUUGUACAGUGUGGUUCCUGCUUCUCAGUGUUGUACCCCAGCUAUGCUCUUCCCUGCCCCUGCAGCCCGCAGGACCCUCACAUACCUGUCCCAGGUGUACUGCCACAAGGGCUUUGGCAAAGACAUGGCAUUGUACUCUCUGCUGAGAGCCAAGGGGGAGCGGGCGUAUGUGGUGGAGCCCAACCUUGUGAAACACAUCGGGCUGUUCUCUAGCCUGAGGUACAAUUUUCACCCCAGUCUGCUCUAGGAAUGCCGAGAAAUGCCCUUCUGCAAUUGGCUCUAUCCUGGAGAGGCAUACAUUAAAUCCUUUAUUUAGGCAUAAUUGCUUGCUUAAUAUUUCAUUGUUUAAUGUUGCUAGGUGUAAACGCACAGGGACAGCGGGAAUGCAUCUGAGUGGAAAACCUUGACUGCUGGUCCUCUGUAAGCAGCAGUUAGCCACAAGUCUGGAUCUCUGUCCCUCCACACAGCCACACUGCCUCAUGCAGUGUGCCCCACGAUGAGGACGAACGUCAGAGACAGUUCUCUUCUCCCGUUGUCUGUAAGUUCUGCCUUGUGACAGAGCUUGUGACUGCCAAAAAUCUUGUGCACAGUGGUGUAAGACUCGUGUUUCGGAUUUUAGGGGUAGAAUAUGAGCAGUCAGAUGCUUUUGGAAUGGAUUCCUUUCCCACAAGUAUGAGAAUGGAUAUGUGCUUAGAAUACCUGGCCAAAAAGGCAGGAUCAUGCAGACAUAUUCUAUUUGUUUUCCUUGACCUGGUACAAUAAAAAUGUCACAAGUUGUGCUGUGCCCAUUGUCUUGGAGACAGUGAUCUGGUUCUUCUGUGAUACAGUGACUUCUUUCUCCAAAUACCAGUAGUGUACGCAGAGCCAAGGCUAUUGAUGAGAGCUUUAAGCCACAGAAAAGUGUGAAACGACUUUCUGAAUUACCCAAGUCCAGUUGCUUCAGUUAAAUACAAAAUUAAUGUUGAACAUUUCUGUCGUAGCCUGAUUCCUUGCCUGGUGCACAGUCCAGAAGGAGACAGAGAAUGACUUCCAUACGAGGAGCAUAGCCUUCUCCCUACCUUUACUGCCCUAAGGUUCACUGCCAUUUCAUUUUCUUUUCUUUUUGUCCCCCCCCUUCUUGAGACCGGGUGUCUCUGUGUAGCCUUGGCUGCCCUGGACCCAUUUUGUAGACCAAGCUGACCUCGCACUCACUGGGAUUCAUCUACCUCUGCCUUCCUGAGUCCUGGGAUUACAAGCGUGUGCCACCACAUCUGGCUUAUUUUCUACUGGUGACACUAUAGUAUAGAAGACCAAGUAUGGUUUGUGAAGUCAAAAGCCCCCACUUGUAUGUUCAUGGAGGGGUACACGUGUGUGAAAGAGAAUAUCUUUACAUUUACAUUUUUAAAAUUGUAUGUGGAUGGUGGCGUAUUAUGCAUGUGGGAACAUGUUCGUGUGUGUGCAUAUGUGUAUGGAGGGCAGAGGUGGACAUCCAGUGUCUCCCUCAAUUGUUCUCUGCUGUCAUUUUUGAGACAGGGUGUCUCACUGAACAUCGAGUUCACCAUUUUGGCUAGACUGGCUAGGCAGCAAACUCCAGACAACUUCCUGCCUCUGCCUCCCCUAGUGCCCUCCCCCCAGGCACUAUAGGCAUGCUUUCUGCUUGGGUGCUGGGAACAAGCGCAGAUCCUCAUGCUCAUGUGGCAGGUACUUUAUCAACUGAGCCAUCUACCUAACUCUCACUGGUGUGUUAUGAGUAAAAUACUUGUGAUACUCUUUAGUGGGGACAUAAGGCGUGUGGCUGACACCUGUAUAGUAGCUGUUUGAGCCCAACCACUGCUAAAAAUAGAGGCUGGCUUUUCAUUGUGGCUUCUAAGGAUGGGAAGUUCAGCUUAUAUCUAGCCCCACCUCAAAUCAAAUAAAAACCAACUGUUCAUGAA